GUCCAUGUCGACAAACGAAAAAAUGAGAAAACCUCCCGGGGUUUUUAUCUCAUCUCCAAACCAACAUGCAGACCGUUUUAUCCACUCCAUUUUUCUCUCUCCUCUGCUCAUUUCUUCCUAAACCCUCUUUUGUUUUCCUAAUCAAAUUCCUAAGUUUUCAAUCAAUUGGUAAAUUCUUCAUUUGUCGCCAUUUUAGGGUUUUCAAUUUUCAUGCAUUUGCUGAAGAAUGUGAGAUAUUCUUUCUUCUCUCCCCAAAUUCUGCUCUUUUUCAGCUUGAAUAUCUCAAAUUGAGUUCAAAAAAGUAUUUUAAUUGUUGGGGAAUCUUUGGCUGACAAUGUUGGGAUGUGGUUAUGAGCUCUUCCGUAGUGUUAACUGACAAUUUCAUGGUUUUUAACCCUAGUUUAUGCAGUUCAAUUCACAGGAAAAGUAGCAAUUUUUUGCCCAGUUUUAGGGUUAGGGGAGAUUUUGGAGGGAGGAAUCAGCGGGUUUUAGGGUUAGUGGUUCCGAAUGCGAAGAAGAAAAAGGGGCUUAAUUCGAGGAAGAAGAGCUGGUGGCAGAGGUUUUUCUUUGAGGAAGAUGGGAAUUGGCUUGGUUUAAGGGAGGAGGAUUUGGAGGAGUUUGAGGAGGAGAGUAAAAUUGAAGUUGAGGGUUCUGAUAAGGGAGAGAGGGAUUCAGAGAAGGAGAAAUUCGAGGCGUGGAAGAAUCGAGCCGAGGCACUUAUUGAGUUGAGAGAGGCUCAAGAGGGAAUUAGGAAUGAGGAGAAUAGGAAUUGGGAGGAUUGGCUUGUUUUUGAUGAGGGAAAUGGUGCUGUUAGAAGAGAAUGGGAUUAUCUUGAUGAUGAUGAUGUGAAUGAAUUGAAAGAAGAUGAUGUUGAUGGUGACCCUGAUGAGACAAUGCCUAAGAGGGGGUUAGUGAAGACUCUUGAGAAUUUUGUUCUUGGGAAAGAAGAUGAUGAUUUAUUGUAUGAAGACCAUGUUUUUCAAUUCGCUUCGAGGAAUUCGGCUAAAUUUUUGGCUGUUUUGAUAAUUGUACCAUGGGCAAUGGAUUUUCUUGUGCACGACUACGUUCUUAUGCCUUUCUUAGACAGAUAUGUCAAGACCGUACCACUUGCUGCAGAGUUGCUUGAUGUGCGUAGAUCUCAAAAGCUUGAAAUGGUCAAGGAAUUAAAUUCCGAGAAAGCAAGGCUUCGAUUUGAAGUUGAGAUUGGUAAAGCACCUCCACUUUCUGAGGAGGAGACAUGGUGGGAAUUGCGGCAUAAAGCGCUAGAGUUGCGAGAUGAAUGGAGGUUGAAUAAUCGGAAUGCGUUUGCCAACAUAUGGUCCGAUAUGGUCUUUGGAGUAUCGGUGUUUCUCUUGUUAUACUUCAACCAGAGCAAAGUGGCUUUACUGAAAUUCACAGGAUACAAAAUCAUCAACAACAUUUCAGACGCUGGAAAAGCAUUUCUCAUUAUUCUAAUCACUGAUAUAUUUCUUGGGUAUCAUUCUGAAUCUGGUUGGCAAACCGUGUGUGAAGUCUUUGUUGAGCAUUAUGGACUGGAGGUUGAUCAGUCUACAAUUACAAUAUUUAUAUGCCUGGUACCAGUGAUCAUGGACGCUUGUGUGAAGCUUUGGCUGUUCAAGUUCCUGCCAAGAUUAUCCCCAAAAGUGUUUAAUAUCUUCCAUGAAAUGAAACGUCACUGAAGAGAUUUUUCUUCAAAACAUACAGAAUAAUGUGCUAUGAGCAUUAUCCCCUUCAUAUUCUUUUUCUCUUCUACGGAGGCAUUUGCUAGAGGAGAUCACAUUCCGGAGAUGAAUUUUGAGUGUUGAGUUAUGUAUAGUAUGAUUCUUCAGGUGUUCAAGUCAUAAAUUUUACUACACUCCAUAUUGUUGUAAAGUUCACAAUUUGCUUUUCAUUUUGUCAAGAAAACAUCAAUCUCAAAAUUUUGGAGGAGCACGAGUAAUAUGUUAAUAAAUGAAAUUAGUCGGGAAAUUAUUUUGCAC